AUGUCUCGCUUUUUUAAGUCCACAUUCUUUAAAACGGCCGCUGCUUCUGCCUCGGUAGUCGGUGCCGGUGUCGUUUAUCUUGACUUUGUCAAGUCCCCAAACCCUUCAAACUUCAAGAACUCCUAUGAGCCUCUCCGCAAGAAGCUCGAUACGCCUCCAACCAGAGAGCAACUCUUGGACAACGUGAAGAAGACCGCCAAGUUCGACGUGUUGGUGGUUGGCGGUGGUGCUACCGGUACCGGUACCGCCGUGGACGCUGCUACCCGUGGGCUUAAUGUGUGUCUCUUGGAGAGAGACGACUUUGCCUCGGGAACAUCGUCAAAGUCCACCAAGAUGGCCCACGGUGGUGUCAGAUACUUGGAAAAGGCUAUUUUCCAGCUUUCCAAGGACCAGUUGGACUUGGUCAUCGAGGCCUUGAACGAGAGAGGCAACAUGCUCAGAACCGCUCCUCACUUGUGUUCGGUGCUUCCUAUUAUGAUUCCCGUUUACAAGUGGUGGCAGGUGCCUUAUUUCUUCAUUGGCUGCAAAAUGUACGAUUGGUUUGCCGGCCAUCAGAACUUGAGAUCCUCCACGAUCUUCUCUGCCGAGACUUUCAGUGCUAUUGCUCCAAUGAUAGAUACCGCCAACAUCAAGGCUGCUUGUGUGUACCACGAUGGUACUUUCAACGAUGCUAGGUUCAACGCUACCUUGGCCGUGACCGCGGUCGACCACGGUGCGACUGUCUUGAACUACAUGGAAGUCAAGCAGUUGCUCAAGGAAGAUGGUAAGUUGGUGGGUGCUCUUGCUGUUGAUCGUGAAACUGGUGAGGAAUACAAAAUCAAGGCUACCGCCACUGUCAAUGCUACUGGUCCUUUCGCUGAUAAGCUUUUGGAGAUGGAUGAAGACCCUCAAGGUUUGCCUCCAAAGCAAGAGCAGCCUCCAAAGAUGGUCGUUCCUUCCUCUGGUGUCCACGUUGUUUUGCCUGAAUAUUACGGCCCUGCCUCCAUGGGUUUGUUGGACCCUGCCACUGCUGAUGGUAGAGUCAUGUUCUUCUUGCCAUGGCAAGGUAAGGUUCUCGCUGGUACUACUGACACUCCAUUGAAGAAGGUUCCAAACAACCCAGUGCCAACUGAAGAAGAAAUCACGGAUAUUUUGCAGGAAUUGCAGAAGUACAUUGUUUUCCCUGUCAACAGAGAAGAUGUCUUGUCUGCCUGGUCUGGUAUCAGACCAUUGGUCCAGGACCCAUCGAAGAUUCCAAAGGGCAAGGACGCAAAAUCUGGUACCCAGGGCUUGGUUCGUUCUCAUUUGGUCACAAUCUCUGAAUCUGGCUUGGUUACCAUCUCUGGUGGUAAGUGGACUACUUACAGAGAGAUGGCACAGGAAACCGUCGACACUUUAGUAAAGAAGUUCGACUUUGGUGGCAAGAACUUGAAACCAUGUCAAACUAACAACAUCUUGCUCGCUGGUGGUGAGGACUACUCCAAGAACUACUCUGCUCGUUUGAUCCACGAAUACAAGAUCCCAUUGAAGUUGGCCAAACACUUGAGUCAUAACUACGGAUCUCGUGCUGCCCUCAUCUUGGAGUUGUACCAGCAGAAUGACUACAACAAGUUGCCAAUUACCUUGGCUGCCACCCAUGAAUAUAUUCCAAAGGAAGACUCGAACUCUGAUGGCACAAUCUUGUCUUACCAGUCUUUCGACGAGCCCUUCACAGUUGCUGAGUUGAAGUACUCUUUGAAGUACGAGUACAUCAGACACCCACUCGAUUUCUUGGCUAGAAGAACCAGAUUGGCUUUCUUGAAUGCCAGAGAGGCGUUGAGUGCCGUGGAUGGUGUUGUUUCCAUCAUGAAGAACGAGUUCAACUGGGACGACGCAACCACCAAGAGGAUGUCCGACGAGGCAAAAGAGUACAUCAGCCUGAUGGGUAUCUCCUCUCAAAAGUUCAACGUGUCCGACUUUGUUGUCCAAUAA